UACUGAGACUGCAAUGGCAUGGUGGAAGGCCUGGAGUGAAGCAGAGGGCAAGUCUGUGACAGGUGCCUUAAACUUCGACCCCACACCUGAUGCACAGACUCUCUACAAGGCCAUGAAGGGGCUUGGGACUGAUGAACAAGCUAUUAUUGAUGUCCUAACCAAGAGGAGCAAUACACAGCGUCAACAGAUUGCCAAAUCCUUCAAAGGACAGUUUGGAAAGGAUCUGAUUGAAAGCCUGAAGUCUGAACUGAGUGGCAACUUUGAGAGACUCAUGGUAGCUCUCAUGUAUUCCCCAUUCCAGUAUGAUGCCAAGGAGCUCUAUGAUGCCAUGAAGGGUGUGGGAACAAGUGAAAGUGUUAUCAUAGAGAUCCUGGCAUCCCGGACAAAAGCGCAGAUCAAAGAGAUAAUCAAGGCGUACAGAGAAGAAUAUGGUUCUGAUCUGGAAGAAGACAUAAAAUCAGAAACAAGUGGCUAUUUUGAACAGAUCCUGGUUUGUCUUCUUCAGGGUGAGAGGGAUAAUGCCACUCUCUAUGUGGACACAGCACUGGCUCUUCAGGAUGCAGAGACUCUCUAUGCUGCUGGGGAGAAGAUACGGGGCACUGAUGAGAUACAGUUCAUCACCAUCUUAUGCACGAGGAGUGCUACACACUUGCUGAAAG